AUGACCCACAUACCCAAGGUCAGUGAGUCUGUGAAGUCAAUCUUCUGUCAUGACUCAAGUAAAGGUGUCAAUCCCAAUGCAGCCAUUGCCAUUGGUGCUGCUAUCCAGGGUGGUGUUCUCGCCAGAAAUGUCACCGAUAUUCUACUUCUCAAUGUCACCCCACUCUCCCUCAGCAUUGAGACUCUCAGUGGUAUCAUGACAAAACUCAUCAACUGCAAUAUGACCAUCCCAACGAAGAAGUUGCAAGUGUUCCCCACUACUGCUGACAGCCAGACUGCCAUCAAGGUCAAGAUUUUCCAGAGUGAAUGUGAACUCAUCAAGGACAACAAACUCCUUGGCAACUUCAAUCUCAUUGGUAUUCUGGACCUGAAGGGCAUCCCUCAAAUUGAGAUCACUUUUGACAUUGAUGCUAAUGGUACCAUCUACAUCACUGCCAAGGAUAAGGUAACCAACAAGGACCAGUCUAUGAUGAUCUUGUCUUCAUCAGGUCUGAGUGACAAGGACAUUGAGCACAUGAUCUCUGACACUGAGAAGUAUGCCAAUGCAGAUAAGGCCCAUUGGGAACUCAUUGAGGAAGCAAACAAGGGCAAGUCAGUCUGUGUUGACACAGAGAAGGAAAUGAACGAGUUCAAGGACCAGCUCGAUGCUUCUGAGAGGGAGAAGGUGUCAAAACUCACUGGUGAACUUCGUGAAUUGGCCUCAAAAGGCCUCCCACAAAUUGAGGGGAAGAUCGGUGAGACUCAACAAGCCUCACUAGGCCUUUUCCAGAAGGUGUACAAGAAGCACAGUGCAGAGAAUGCAUCCUCUACAUAG